AUGAGGGAGGACAACGCAUUUAAUUCGUUGGCCAAUUCUGAUUCCUCGUCUUUCCGUACACCAACAUCUACAGAGGACGAGGGUGAAAAUAGUGAGCUGACGCCCAAGAGUCACUACCAUCGAGCAGUGGAUGACAAGCGUCUACCGAGCUGGCUCUCUCCGGGUUUGGAAUCAUGGCUCAAUGGGGGUCGCUCGCCUCAAAAACACAUAUUUAGGCCCGUGAUGCCAGCUCUACAGUUGAUUCCGCGGCGAUGGCUUGACCAAAGGUUCCCGCAGCAACAACACAAAAUGUUCCUCUUCAUCGGCAUUUGUCUGCUGUGGUGUCUCAUGUUUGCCAUCCUAUACGACACGAGUAUGGGUCCGGUCAUGGUGGAUGGCCUCUACCAGCCAGUACAGCAAAUUGACUGCACCGACUCGUUCUGGCUGCCUGACAACGGAUGUGGAAUUGACGGAGCGGACUGCAGGCCAUUCGCGGGCACCUCAAUGGCUUUUCACUGUCCUAGUGAUUGCGCUAAGGCCAAGGUCCAGACACCUCAUCAUGUCGGUGCUCAAAACAUUGUUAAUCGUCAGCUUGUCAUUGGCGGCCCUAUAUACCGAGGUGACUCUUAUAUCUGCGGCUCAGCUAUCCAUGCUGGUAUUAUCAGCGACGCCGACGGUGGAUGUGGUAUUGUGACUCGAGUGGGUCAGACGAACACUUAUCCCAGUACUCAUAUUAACGAAAUCGAGUCCAUAGCUGUCAGGACGUACUUCCCGCUGUCUUUCAAGUUUCAGCUGGACUCGGGUUUUGAAUGUCAAGAGAGAAAUCUGCGGUGGCUUUUGCCCUUCCUUUCGCUGGGGUUCACCAUUGUGGUAUUUCUAUUCUCAUCAAACCCAGCUGUUCCCUUCUUCACGGCAUUUGUCGUUGGCUUCGUACAUGUGAGCCUUGUGUCCGACGAACCAGAGGCGGGUCCACACUUGAGUCCUGUUCACGCACAUCCUGGGGUUUACUCCUCUCAUAGUCUAUCCUCAAACCUCGUCAAACUCCUACCUGCCGCACUAUGUGCUACACUCAUUUACAAAUGCUCUGUGCGGCCGACUUUUCGCAACUUGACAGCACAUAUUGAAACGACCGCUCUCUGGCUAGGGGGAUUCUGGAUCGGUUCAUUUUCGAACCACACGUUCGAGUGGUUCCCCAUCUCCCGACUUGCAGCCCGGGACAUGGAGCUACAACGAAUGGCUAUCUCAACGGUCUUUAUGGCUCUAAUUCUCAUUUACCAAGUUUACAAUCUCCGCCUUGAGGGACGACUAGCAAAGUCUGCACCCCUAUAUACCAUCUUCACAUUGGCUCUUAUUAUCUACAUUAUCGCCCCCAGCCUGCGGCUACCCAUCCACUACGUCGUCCUCCCGCUCGUCAUCAUGCCUGGAGCAAGCAUUCAAACCCGAGCAUCGCUCUUCUUCCAAGGCCUCCUGGUCGGGCUCUUCGUCCACGGCGUCACCCACCAGGGCUUCGUUCCAAUUACCCAUUCCCCCUCCUUAUCCGUCGAAACCCCCGACUCCACCAAUUUCCCAACUCCCAUCCCCACUAUCCUGCAACCGGAGAUAUUCCUCGAAGAUGCGGCGUCCAACAUCACCUUCGUGUGGGCGAACCCAGUCCCGCCCCUGUUCGAGGGGAUCAGUAUGCUUGUCAAUGAUGUGGAGAGGGGAAGGAGGUAUUUCGGGGACGAAAAUGCGCCGGAGAGCGAUGAUCGGUUUGAGUGGCGACGGGGACCACAGGCUGUGGUGGAUUAUGUCAGAUUUAGUUAUUUGAAGGACGGGAGGGCUUUGGGGUACUCGGAGGCCGGGAUUUGGUUGGUUAAUGGGACUUGGACUGGGUUAGGGGAGUAG